AUGCGGUGGCGGGCUGCCCUCGUGAGUUGGCAACAACCGACGUACAGAGGGUUAAGUCAAAGACUGACGAGGCAGAUGGCGGCUCAGACUGUUGGAGAAUACUGGGAUAUUGGUGAUGCAUCGUACUGUUGCCUUCACUGUGGUGCCAGAUUUUGGUAUGCCGAGCGACUGGGAAAGCCAUCUAAACCCAAGGUUCCAAAGUAUUCUGAAUUGGUCUUGUCCGAUGAGGAAAUUAAGAAUCUCGCUUUGGCAGAGGUCGAAAAGAUUUUGCGACGCCGUGGGAUGAGUUUACGUGACUAUGGUACAAUGCCGUUUCCUGUUCUCGAU